AUGCCACUUCUCAAGCUCUGCCUCUCGCUCCUGCAGCAGCAACACGCGCUCCGGUUCCUCCUGCUCUCGUUUACGGAAAAAAUGGUGAACGAGGGAGAGCGUCCUCGUGUCAUCGCCUGGCACACCACCGUCAAGACAGACACGGCACGCCGAAGCAGCGUGGGAAGGAAACGCGCGGGAGACAAAAACAUUCUGUUCGAGCUCGCGUCGGAGCUUCUCAAUUUUGCACAACAACCUCACAAUCGUCACCUGUGCUUCUCCUUCGCCACAACCAACAUCUCCAGGAGAAUGACAUUCUGGGUCUCCUGCGCGUCAGCCCUCUCAACGCUCGCCUCCAUCGAGCGCAACGUCAACUUUAGUUGUGAAGCGUAUCUCAGCAGCAUCUCCGUCGCACACUCCCGCCCCUCCAGACUCCGGGCGUCACGAUCACCACCUCAUCAACGUGUUCCGUCUCCUGCAGCGGGCCCGGCGCCCCACGGCGUGGUCCCGCAGCAGUAG